AUGAGCAUUAUGUGGGCGUCGCAGUCUGGUACGGCUGUCGAGGCAGGAAAUAUUGUUCAUCCACCUCACGCGGAAGAAGCGACAGAGUCAGCUUCCUGCUGUCCCGUUACACGUGAAGGAAGCGACGGUCGCCCCAGCUCAAGUCAAAGUCCUCUGCGACAUGAUCGACCAAGACCAGGAAACGCCACACGAAGGCUCGCAAGAUAUAUCCCAUUAUUCCAAAAGUCCUCCAGAGCAACACGCAUGUUUGCUAAGUGCUUUGAGAAAGCUCUGUCCUUUUCACCGAGCACCAUCUGUGAUGACCUCUUCACCCGCCAAUGGAUUCGAUAA